AUGAACACCAAAGAUUUUGUAGUUAUCCCAUGGGGCAAGCCUGGAAAUUCGGUAAAGCUAAAAUAUAAAAAUGCUCAAGAACUGCGAAUGGAGAAAGUACAGUUAGAAUUGGAGAAUGAAGAGAUGAAAAAGACAUUCCAAGAGUUUCAAUCCACAAGAAGCAAAGAAAAGGAAGAAAUACAGUCAAGUGGAUAUCACUGGAAAUCUGGAAAAGUGGGUAGAGUGGGCAAUCAGUCACACGCAAUGUCACAAAAUAAAAGAAAUGCAAUUAAGUUUCCUGGUGGAAAACUGAAAUUAAAACUACUGAAGCACGAGAGUAAAGAGACAGUGAGACCGCCAGUUAAGUACAAAAUGGCAAAUUCUCCUGGAAGUGAAAAACCCAAGACAAAAGGGAAGAUUUGUGGACAGUGUGAGAAAAAAGCUGCUCUCCUAGUAUGCCUUGAAUGUGGCGAAGAAUAUUGCACAAGCUGCUUUGCUAAAAUUCACCAGAAGGGGGCACUCAAGCUCCACAGAACAACACUUUUACAGUCAAAAUCCCAAAUAUUGUCCAGUGUGUUGGAUGCUGCCCAUCGAUUCAUAAAGGAAACAAAUCCGGAUGAAUCGAAAGGAGGGAGUAUUUCAGUGAAAGAUGCCAGCAGAAAUCAGAGCGGACCUAUGUCCCCACCUGCUCGGGCUAGCAGCUCUCAGGUAAAAAGAAGCACAACAGAAAGAGGGGAAUGCACAAGUCCCGGGGAGCAGCCCUUAUGUGAAGGAGCUUUUGAUGAAUCAGCUUCUGCCCGGUCUUUCCAAGAAGCAUUAAACCACUGGAGAGCUGGAAACCCUGACAACCAGAAGAAAUGCAAUUCACAGGCAGGAAAACCAGCUUCAUCAGAAGAAUGUGAAGUGCAAACUAAUCUGAAAAUUUGGAGUGAACCAAUUAAUAUUGAAUUUGCCGAAGACAGUCUAUCAUAUAUGGAGAAAUUAUGGCUUAGAAAACACAGGAGAACGUCUCAGGAGCUGCAGAAUGCACUGUCCGAUCCAGUCAUGUGUGCACAAGAAACAACAAAUGAGGCACAGUGCUCCUGGAAUGAAAACGAUGAUGAUGAAGAUAAUAGUGAUGAUGAGGAGACCAAAAUACAGCCUCCCACUCCUAUUUUGCCAGUAGAAGAAAUAAAACUAGAGAGACUAGCGCCAUCGCUAACGAUAAUCGAACUGGAUGAUACUUGUGAAGAGGAAUUGGAAGAACAUGCUGUUCCUUACAAAGUUGAACUCGCUGAUUCAGACAGUCAACUAAGUUUUACAUUUCCCGAUUGUCAGAAGAGUGGAUUUCCCUAUGAAAUUGACAUCUAUCAACAUCAUAUUACAAAUAAGGGGAAGACAGACUUCUCAAGUCUUUGCCUGAGAAGCAGCUCUUCCUAUGGCAACAUUAAUUUCCAAGGAACCUCAGAUACAGAUACUGACAGCACUGUGGAUAAACAUGUUCAUUCUUCUGACAUCGACAACACAGGGGAAAAUAGUUCUUCUGCAAAAAAUGGAAGAGAAAAAUGUAUCAGCAUGGAAAGUAACAAAACGCUGGAUGAUGGCUGCCCAGCACCAGUGAGGGAGAACUCCUUUCCCAGAACAGACGUAGAUGAACCCUCUACUGAGGAGAAAUUCUGCGAGGAAACUGGGGAAUCCUCAGACUGCAGCAACUUGCGUGGAAGGCCUUACCUGGAAGACUCUAAAGCUACAGACUCACCACUGUUGUUAAAAGAAAUAGCCCUCAGAAGUAAACCUAUAACUGAACAAUACCAAGGACUUGAAAGAUUCUUUAUUGGUAAUAAAGAUGAAAAACUCAACUUAUCUCCUUCUCAUAAAAGCUUAGAAAGCAACCAUUCCAGUAACCACGUUACACUCACAGGAGACAGAGCAUGGGUCCCAGACACGAGUGUAAGUUCAUAUGUGGACAGUGUGGUUACCUCGGGUAUCCUGAAGAACACCCAGAACCCAUCACCCAGCACGAAGUCACAAAAAAGAGUCCAGAAAUCACAUCGACCUUCAACAGCAAAUUUGCCACUUUCCAACUCUGUGAAGAAAAGUUCCUGCCUUUUAUCCCCUCGCCCUCGAUCAAGCACAGCUCCUGCCCCGUCACCACCGAGAGCCGCUUCCGCAAUCUCUGAAAUUGAGUAUAUUGAUAGGACAGAGCACAAUGAGCCCUCGUUAGAUAACGCUGCAGACCUGCAAGCUUUACACUCUCUGGAAGAAGAAUUAUAUGUGCUGAGAAAUCUUGCAGAUUCUUCAGAAAGGUUUAGCAGUCCAGUCUCAGAUGAGUUACCAGCAUCCAACAAUGACUGGCCAAAUACAAUGCAGAUUUCCACCGAUUUCUUUAACACCACACUCAUGAGCGAGUCCUGCUCCACAGAGGACUUAAGCUUUUCUGGAAAAGAUUCCCAAAUCCAAUCUGCGCUGUCAUUUUCUGGGAGCAGUACUGAUGAGGAGGAAGAAGAUUUUCUUGACAAGCAGCAUGUCAUCAAACUCCCAUGGUCAAAGAAGAUUUAA